AUGAAUUCAGAUUCUGACGUAACCUCAUCCGAUGAAAAUGAAAGUUCAACUAGUUCUGAUGAUUAUGAAAGUAGUGAUUCUGAAGAUGAUGAUUCAUUACUCGAGCAAUUCGAUCAUAGUUCAAUUGAUGAUUGGAAAUGGAAGAUCAACAACUCACGUUUUUCUACUUCUUUCAAUUAUUUCAACGGAUACGCGUUAGGAAACAAUGUAAUUCGACCAAUCAAUUCAUUUUUGAACUUCGUAUCUCAUGAUUUGAUUCAGACGAUUACUGAUCAAACCAACAUUUAUGGGAAACAACGCUGUGUUCAGAAAGGCGCAGAUGCAACAAGUUGGAAAGAAAUUGAUUAA